AUGGACCCUGGGACUUUUACAAGCCACGACGAGCUGGAUGAAAGCAAUAAGAGCAUGGAGGGGCUUAUGGGCGCGGGCAAUUUUGCUACUAACCAAUGCAGGAAUCUGGUGGCUCACUCGGCCUUGGGAGGUCCCUCUCCUUCAACCCUGAUGCACAGCUCUAAUUACCCCACGAUGGAUGCCGCCAAUGCGGGGCCUGGGGAGCCCUCUAAGCAGUGCAUCCCGUGCCCCGCAGUCCCCCAAGGGUCCUCCACCACCACGCCUUUACCUUACGGAUAUUUCGGCAGCGGCUAUUAUUCUUGUCGGGUUGCCAGGAGCUCCCUCAAACCUUGCCCCCAGAGCAGCUACCCCGCUGAGAAAUAUGUGGAUACUCCGGCUGCGGGGGAGGAAUUCCAGCCCCGACCAACAGAUUUCGCUUUCUACCCAGGCUACGCAGGCCCCUACCAGCCCAUGGCGAGCUACCUGGACGUUUCUGUAGUUCAGACCAUGGGUGGGCCGGGAGAGGCCAGGCAUGAGACACUUUUACCCGUGGACAGUUACCACCAGCCCUGGGCUUUAACCAGCGGUUGGAACAGCCAGCUGUGUUGCCCCAAAGAUCAAAGCCAGGCUGGGCACUUCUGGAAAUCUGCCUUUGCAGAUGCUGUAGCUCAGCACCCGCCGGACGGCUGCUCCUUCCGCCGGGGUCGGAAGAAAAGGAUCCCGUAUAGCAAGGGGCAGCUGAAGGAGCUGGAGAAGGAAUACGCCAGCAACAAAUUCAUCACCAAGGACAAGAGGAGAAAGAUCUCCGCCGUCACCAACCUCUCGGAGAGACAGAUCACUAUUUGGUUUCAGAACAGGAGGGUGAAGGAAAAGAAAGUCAUCGCCAAAAUCAAAAGCAGCAGCACUCCUUGA